AUGCAGAAACUCUCCGUGUCCAAAUGGCUGUCUGUCAAUAUCUUCAUCUGGGGCGGAGUGACUAUGGCUCUGGCGGCAUGUACGCAUUUUCAACCCUUUCUUGGUCUGCGAUUUGUCCUGGGUGCUCUCGAGUCAUGCUCCACACCAGCCUAUCUCCUCAUCACAGCAACAUGGUAUACUAUUGAGGAACAGCCGAUUAGAAUAGGAUGGUGGUCGACCUUUCUUGGUAUUGCAAAUGCGUUUGGGGGGUUGUUGGCAUUUGCUAUCGGCCAUAUUCAAGGCAACCUGGCGUCGUGGCAGUAUCAAUUCAUUAUAAUUGGUGCUAUAUCUUCUGUGUGGGGGAUAUUUAUGUUCUUUACUCUUGCGGAUGGGCCGUCUACUGCUCGCUGGCUUAACGCACAAGAAAAGUAUGUCGCCAUCCACCGUCUCGGUCCCGUACACUCCGGCACCAGGGUGUCCGAGAUCAAAAGGUACCAGAUGUGGGAAGCCCUGACAGAUCCCAAAACGUGGUUCUUCUUCCUCUGUGGAGUCUGCACGCAAGUCGUCAACGGGGCGGCGAGUAACUUUGGGAGUCUCAUCAUAGAGGGUUUCGGAUAUUCGAAUCUUGUCACGACGCUGUUCCAGAUUCCGUACGGCAUGGUGAUAUUGGUGUCUAACGUGUCUGCCAUGUAUAUCCAGCGAUGGCUGCCAGGACAGAAGAGGUGUAUCGUUGGUGCUAUAUAUGUAUGUCCCGCUCUGGCUGGAGCAGUUGGGAUCCAUACUAUAUCGCGAGACCACCAAAUAGCUCUACUUGUUUGCUACUGGCUUACAAGUACUUAUACCGCAUCAUUCGCAAUGAUCAUGUCUCUCAUCACAGCAAACACAGGAGGGACCACCAAGCGAUCGGUUGUGAAUGCCAUCUUUUUCAUCUCGUACUGUGUUGGAAACAUUGUUGGGCCAUUUGCCUUCAAGUCCGACGAAGCACCCCAAUAUACAUCCGGGAUCAUUGCCAUGCUGGUCGCAUAUUGUGUUGAGAUUUUUCUCUUACUCGGGUUCGCAGUCUAUGCGGCAUAUUUGAAUCGCACGAAGGAUGGGAUUACAACCACAAGUGGCCAGACGGAUACCGACGUCGACCAGACAGAUAGGGAGAAUGUUCACUUUAGAUAUUCGUACUGA